AUGUGCUCAAAACCGAAUGACGCCUGUGCUUUCGUAUCCGACAACUUCCGGUCGACAUGCUCGCAAGUCUUUAAUUACCAUCGUCUGUUGACUUGGGAUGAAACAAGAGGACUUCACAUGGACAUAUUCAAGGUGCCGUCCUGCUGUUCGUGCCGCGUGCACGGCUACGCCUUCAACUUCCCGCCGCCGCCCCCGCGCCACCCGGGCGCCGGGCCCUCGCACGCCGCCGGAGGCCCCGAGAACUUCCCGGGCCACGGCGCCUUCGACGGGCAGCACGCGGGCGGGGGCGGCGCGGGCGGCUUCACGCACCUCGACGGCGACGACUUCCGGCCCGACGCCCCCGCCCCCGGCGCCGCCGCCGGCUUCGGCCACGACCUCUCCUUCCACGGCGGCUUCCAGGACAACGACUUCGGACACGACGGCGGCGGCGGCUUCCACGGAGGGGGAUUCGACGAUUCCGGGGGCUUCGGGCGCCCCCUAGGAUCCAGCUCCUCCUCCUUCCAGGUCGAGGCCGAUCUCAAAGCGUGGGCGCGUUCGCGCCCAUCCUGGCCCCGCGCCGCCGGCGCCGCAACCACAUUCUCCCGACGCCCUUUCGCACACGCACCACACCGCCCCCCGCGCCCCUCGCCCCCGCCGCCCGCGCGGCCCCCGCCCUCCCCCAGGCAGACCUCCACCCUCACGCCCGCCGCCGACGCGCCGACGCCCGCCCCGGCCCUCGCCCGUCCCGCGCCGGUGCGACCGUCGCAGCCCCUGCGGCCGGCCAUCCCCUGCUGCCCACGCCGGCAGCCUCCACGAACCACCGCGCCCCGCGCCACGCCUGCCGACGGCAAGCGCAUCAAACUACAGCUGACCACCCCAUCAUCGACCUUCUUCCAGACGCAGGCGGACGCCGCCGGCGCCGCCCCCGCGCCCGCCCCGCGCCCGGUCCCUGCCCCCGCCGCCUGGAGCAAGCGCCGCGGGAGGAGUGACGCCGCAUCGUGGCGAGAGACCAACGCGCGCCCUCGCGCGCCUCGGCCGCGCGUGGCGGUGGCGGCUGCUGCGGCGGCCGGCGCCGCUAGCUGA